AACUUUUUGGGACUCUCUCCCGAUGGAAACAUCCUCAUUGUACUUUUUCUUAUCCAACUUGAGCUGUUGAUUUUCCCUCCGCCAUUCCCUAGCCAAAGGACGCGAUGGCUCCCACCCGUUUUCUCUUCGGUCGCGAUUUUGACCCGGGGGCUGCAUCCCAAAGCUUUAAAGACGAAUGGUCCAAUCCAUCCAAUUAUGCCUUUACUGUUCUUCUUCUGAUAGGAGGUGACUUGAUCAAUCGUGCCCUAGCCCAGCUAGCAGGAGGUUGGGUCACGCCGGUUGCUUUCUCAUUCGGCUGGGUUUCGUAUGCGACAUCAUCCGUCUGUUCGGCACUCGGUGAAUAUGCUCUAAUGCCCGCGGCGGACACAGGCUGUUGCCUCAUCAACGGCAAAAACGGUUACGUUCGUGGUAAUGGAUCAUGGAUACUAGGCCGCAUGGUAAGGGAUUAUGAGUCUUGGAUGGGAAAGCCCGUUGCAGACAAGACAGAAUCUCUACUUACGGCUCGGUGGGAAUUUGAUCAGCGUAAAGAGGCCGAACAAAACCCUGGUUCAGGACAUCAAAUACCUCGUCCUUCACAAGCCGGAUUGGUUGUGAGCGUUUGGAAGCCGAGUAAGAAUGGAAGGCAUGGUGAACCUGGGCAUGAUGUCCUUCAUUGGUCGGGCUUAAUCAUCACCAUCGUACAAAUCGGAAUUUCAGCUAUUCCGCUCGGUCUGUAUGGAGAUUGGGGUGUUUUACUGAUUACUGUUGCUGGAACAGGACUUUGCUACUCUACCGGUGCAUUAUCGCAAUGGAAGGUUGAGAAAUGGGCCUGUCGACACCUCGAGUCCAGACAAAAGAAAAACUUCAUAUUGACACGUGGAAAUGGUGCUCAGCAUGCUAUCGCUAUUAUUAGUGACGGGCACGGUUUGGAUCUAGAGGAUCUCGCUACAGGGUUUGCAAACAUUGACGCGCCGUCUAUAUCGCUUUUCGCACAAUUGGCCACGGUAUUCCUAGGAAUAUUGUGGGUGGCCUUGCUCAUCACAGCCUCCGGAUUGCCGGACGAUUCAUGGUAUUUAAUUGCCGUGGGAGGUAUUGGAAUGCUUCAGAACAUUUUUGUUGCCGGUUGGAGACGAACACCGGCAGCUUAUGGCGUGCCUCUUGAAUUCGUGGAAGUUAUCGGGGAAGUUAAGGUCAUGCAGACUCUAAUGGAAGUAGAACGAAAGUAUGAAAAACUGGGAAAGAGCAUGCUUGGCACUUUUUUCACUGGUGACUUACGAGAAAACGAGUUGCAAGAGUGGGCGGACAUUGCACAGGAGUGGAAAAUGAAGAAGGCUCAAUCGGAGGAUGUGAAAGCUAAGUAGCCGUUCAAAUGUUCUAGCCGCAAAUAUCAAUUGAUAUCUCGAUUUAUAGUACGCAUAUCUAACAUUCGAUGUCUUUGAUUUUUGUUUCGUAUAUCCUCUUUUCUUUUGACUGGGGUUAUCUAGGUAGGGUAUAUUUCUUCUCCGCUGAUGCAUAACAAAAUGAGCAUUUCCACGGAAAUAUUCUACGAGUUGUUUUUUUUGGGAAUGGAAGAUAUUGAAGAUCUGGUUUUAAACUAAUCAACCGUGGCACCUCGCUAUGGCUGAU